AAAUGCUUAGAAGACCGGUAGAACUUAGUAUUACCCUCAGUGGUUCGUGUGAUCUUCUAUUACACCCUCCGUGUGCAAUGUGGAGUUCAGAAAAGCCCGGAACUCGGUGGCACCAUGUGUGGCAUUUGGGCCCUCUUUGGCAGCGACCACUGCCUCUCAGCGCAGUGCCUGAGUGCUAUGAAGAUUGCCCACAGGGGUCCAGAUGCAUUCCGGUUUGAGAAUGUCAACGGCUACACCAACUGCUGCUUUGGCUUCCACCGCCUGGCAGUGGUGGAUCCUCUGUUCGGAAUGCAGCCAAUUCGACUGAGGAAAUACCCUUCUUUGUGGCUCUGUUACAAUGGCGAAAUCUACAACCACAGGGCGCUGCAACAAUACUUUGAAUUUGAAUACCAGACCAAUGUGGAUGGAGAGAUACUUCUUCAUCUGUACAACAGAGGAGGCAUUGAGCAGACCGCUCGCAUGCUAGAUGGGGUGUUUGCCUUCAUUUUACUGGACACUGCCAACAGGAAAGUAUUCUUGGGCAGAGACACGUAUGGAGUGAGACCUAUGUUCAGAGCCUUGACAGAGGAUGGAUUUCUGGCUGUGUGUUCAGAAGCUAAAGGUCUCGUUACACUGAAGCACUCCACAACUCCGUUUCUCAAGGUGGAGCCUUUUCCUCCAGGACACUAUGAAGUUUUGGAUCUAAAGCCCAGUGGCAAAGUGACAUCUGUGGAAAUGGUUAAAUUUCAUCACUGCACCGACGAGCCCGCGCAUGUGUGCCACGACGGCGUGGAAAAACUCUUUCCCGGUUUUGAGCUGGAAACUGUGAAGAGCAACCUCCGAAUCCUUUUUAACAAUGCGGUUAAGAAGCGUUUGAUGACAGACAGAAGGAUCGGCUGCCUUUUAUCAGGCGGCUUGGACUCCAGCUUGGUUGCUGCCACUCUGCUGAAGCAUCUAAAAGAGGCCCAAGUACAGUAUCCCCUGCAGACGUUCGCCAUCGGCAUGGAGGACAGUCCUGAUUUGCUGGCUGCUAGAAAAUCAAGGCAUGGCGUGGUGUUAAAGUCUUUGUCUUUGGAGUUUUAA